AUGAUAAUUAUUGCUCUAAUCGUAGUUCUGCUUAUUUUUAUAGACAGAUAUUUACUUCGAAAAUACGUAACAGGACAACCUAUAAACUCUACUUGAGUUUUCGCUAUCUUAUUCCCUAUUAAUUAUUUGCCUAUAUCAACUUCCAAGAUUCUUGAUGACUACUUGUCAGAAAUGAUAAUUGCACUUCUUGAGUUCUUAAGUGAUAUUUUUUUCCCAGAAGAAUGAAGCAAAGGUUUGAAAAGCAUAAACUACUGGCUAGUUUUUGGAUUAUUGGUUUUAUUCUCUUUUUUAGCUCUACAGCUGCACACCAUUUGAUUCAAUAAAGGAAGCACAUAUAUAACUCAAUCUGCCUCACGAGGAAUUUGCUGCAAUUUAAUUUGUUUACUACUCAAUGAUUAUAUUGGAUAUAUUUAUAAAUUUUAUUUGCUUCUACUUUUAUUAUGCCAAAUUAUCCAGCAUUUCUUUAGGUUUAGAGAUCCAAUUCAUUAUUUGCAAACUUCAUCUUUUUAUCUACUUAUAACAGCAGUUUAUUCAACCAUAUGCCUGCUAUCAUUUUUUGAAAGGGACUUUCAAAUUUCCAGUUUUAUGAUUUAUAUACUAUUUUUAGCUAUAAGAUUAGGAGCGAUGUUUUUCACUUUAAUUUAUUUUUUGUGCUUUUUUAUAACAAAUAUUGAACACCUUGUAGAUUAUUAUAAGUGAUUUGAAAAUUAUCGUUCUAUUGGAAUAUGCUCAAUAGAAGAAAUUUUAAUGAAGUUAUUACCUCCAUAUGGCUAUGUAUUAAUUUUUAUUGCUGCUUUCUAUCUUGCAUUAGAAUUUUUUAAUUCCAGUUAUCAGCAAAUUUGGCUAUUUUACGAAUGCUUGUUUUUAGUGGGAGUUGGCCAUUUUUCAGUUAUUAUAAAUUUGCCAUAUCCCAAUGAUGAAGUUGAUAGAGUAUUUUUUUCAGACUUAGCAGGAUGCUAUAUCCAAUUUUUAGCAAUAAGAUAUUUAUUAAACUAUUUUCAAUAUCCAUUUUAA